GACGCGCGAAUAUCUCGUUUUUCUAAAAUGGUGGCGUGUGGUCGUGGAAACUGCCGGUUGUUGUUCUAAGACCUGUAAUAAUACCACAACUUAGUCGCCGGGUUCUAAACUGCAGGAAUAUUUGUUAACAUUUUCGUGACUUGUCAAACAAAAGAUCAGUGAUGGCGAAGCGGAUUGCUGAGAAGGAGCUAACAGACAGGAACUGGGAUCAGGAAGAUGAAGGAGAAGAGGCAGGAACAUUUUCAAUUGCAAGCGAGGAAGUGAUGAAAAACCGCGCCAUUAAGAAAGCCAAGCGUCGAAAUCUUGGCACUGAGGGAGAGAGUGGAGGAGCUUUUAAAAGCUUUAAGGGUUUCUCUCUGACCCCAUCAGCUCCAGCAGCUGGAGGAAAUUUCUCUGCAUUUGGGAAUGGAGCUGGAUUUAAACCCAUGUCUUUGACCAAUGGCAGCGCUUCAGCUAUUACCCCUUUUGGAGGUUUCAACUCUCCUGCCACUGUGAAGGCAAACACCGGCACUUCAUCAUCCAAUGGGCCAACCUCCUCCUCCUCCUUAGUCAGUGGUGACAUCAUGGCCAACGGCUCCGCCCCCAGCCUGCCUGUGAUCUCUGGAGGAGGCAGCAGCAGUAAGGAGUACAACCGGCAGCUCACAGCUCUCAACUGCUCUGUGCGUGACUGGAUCACCAAGCAUGUGAAUGACAACCCGCUGUGCGAUCUCAACCCCAUCUUCCGCGACUAUGAGCGGCACCUUGCCACCAUCGAGAGCAAGUACGGCAGUGGCGCAGCAGCAGGGGAGGAGCAGCAGCCAGGAAAACAGGCAAACACCACCACCAACACGCUAUCGUCCUCCACCAGCAGUAAUGUUACACCGGCUGCUCCUGCUCUGUUCUCCUUCACCAAGAACAAGGACAGUGCUACACCUGAGAAAAGCUCCUCCAUUCCUGCAGGCGUUACUUUCAACUUUGGCCAGAAGGUGGACAGCUCCGUGCUAAGCUCUAUCAAGUCCGCAGGGGCUUCCGGGUUUUCGUUUUCAUCCACCUCCACCACGCGUGGAGGUCUGUUCGAUUCGGCAAGCACCGGCACAUCUACAGGCACCUUCUCCUUCACUGCAGCCAAGACUGAGGCAGCCAGCAACAGCCAGACAGCAGAUGAGAAUGGAGCUGAAGAAGAAUCAGAUGAGCCUCCAGUACCUGUAGUCAGAGAAAUCAAGGAGAAAGAUGCCUUCUACUCUAAAAAGUGCAAAUUGUUUUAUAAAAAGGACAACGAGUUCAAGGAGAAAGGAGUUGGUACACUGCAUUUGAAGCUGGUUUCAGAGGACAAGCUGCAGCUCCUGGUGCGCGCGGACACAAACCUGGGUAACAUCCUGUUGAAUAUCAUGGUUCACUCCUCCAUGCCGUGCACAAGGACAGGGAAAAACAACGUCAUGGUAGUGUGUGUGCCAAAUCCCCCAGUGGACGACAAGAACCCCAGCACCCCUGUACCGAUGCUGAUCCGUGUUAAAACGGCAGAGGACGCUGAAGAACUGCACAAACUUCUACAGGAGAAGAAAGCGUGAGCUCCCUCCUCCCCGUCACAGACUCCCCCCCCCCCCCCCCCCCCCAAUAACUUACAUGUCAUGUAUUGCCUGAAUGUGGUUUGCACGGCUGUAUGACCUCACACACACCUGGCUCAUUUUUCUUUGUCCAUUUGAGCAGUCUUGACCUGCAUGCCAGCACACCCUUUGUGAGCACUGGCACCAAAUCGGUUCAGAUACUGUGAAAUCCUUUGUGUAAAUGCUGGUUGAAUUUGAUGGUUGUGUUUGAUUUUUCGAACAGUACAUAACGAUGACGCCCUAAAGUAAAGUGAAGUGAAGAUACAGGCUGUAAAACGUCUGCAUUCUGAACAUUCCGUCAGGUUUUCAUUUUGCUGCUAUUAUUAAACAGAUGAGGGUGAAGCCGAGGAACUCUUUUUAUUCAUCUAGGAAUGUGUGCAGAUUGAAUAAAUUAGAUUUGAAAUAUGGAUUGGCGCUUUGUACUUGGACCUUCCUGAUAAAAGGGGAAGUUGAUCUAGGGAGGAAUUAAAAAAGUAUUUGACUGGCUUAAUGCCUCCUCUUCUCAGAAAGAGAUGUAUGGGAAAUUUAUAAACUACAAAGAAACCUUUAUUUUCUUAAAGUUUUGAGUAUUUUUUUGCCAAUUAUUUGAUUGGAGGCAUGCAGGCAACUAGAUGUUAAUGUUUUAGCUUGUUUGAGGCCUGAAUAAAGUAUUUGUUUUUAUGUUUCGCUCAAGGUGUUUGCUGUAAUUGAUAUUUAUUCUGAGCGAGUUCUCUGCUCCUGUAGAGUGCUUUGUGUAAAUGAGUCCUGUAAACUUCUCUCCAUAAACAGAAAAACAACAUCUACAGCAUUGUUAAGACCGCAAGUAAAUGAUCUUCCUAGUGCAUCUGUCUUACGUGGAUCUUGGUUAAAAGUUGUUUUUAAUGGUUUUAAUUGAUUGUUUUUUUAUUUUUAUUUUUUUUCUAAGUGACCUUUGUAACGCCUUAGAACACAAGGCAUGCAUUCAACAGCACCAAAUACAUUUUGUAGCUUUGUUAAAUGGCAAAUAAAUUGAGCUGAAAAAUACUUAAAGCCUUUCUUGUCACAUAAGGAUGUGUUGCUGUGCACCUGUAGCUUGUUGCUGCCAUUUUUACAAAUGUGGUGAUACAAAACUCUUGACACGCUCUGAAAUGAAAGCUGUGUAUCGGUAACAUGUUCAACAUGUAGUAUUACUUACGUUUGUGUAGCUAAUGUUUGCUUGCUGAGGAUUGGAUUGCUGUGCUGAAGAGACUGUAUGUUACAUCAGCCAGACUCCAUGUUAGCGUCGCUGUUUUAUACACCAGAACUAACCACUGAAUGCCUUGAGCAGCAAAAUGCAAUAUGUUGUUUCAUCUCCAAGUUUGACCCGAAAGAGCGCAACUUGGAAUUAAUGAUGGAAUUAAUGAAGUAGGAUGGAAAUUUAUCCGUGCUUGGUUUAGUGAUUCAGUAUGUUGUACAUGUACAUGAAUUUUAAUGCCUAAAGAUUUGAAUAAAUUAAUGUGAUUCAUUUACUGGUAAAUCAAAUGGAAUUUUUAACAACAAGGCCUGAACUGAUGAACAAUCUUAACUUUUGUCAAGACAAAUCUUAUUCUUUGUUUCUUUCUUUCUUUCUUUCUUGCACUCAUUAUGUAGGUUAUGUACUCUCAUAAGGUCUUAAAAUACAAUAUUUCGAAACCUUA